AGUUAUCAUCAAAAAUUUAGACCUCAGCAAUUUUAUCAAUUUUUAGAAAAAUAUGUCGAUUUUUACGCCAACUAAUCAAGUAAAGCUUACCAACGUUGCCGUUGUAAGGCUUAAAUCAUGUGGAAAGCGUUUUGAAAUCGCUUGUUAUAAAAAUAAGGUGAUGUCGUGGCGGAAUAAUGUGGAAAAAGAUUUAGAUGAAGUUCUCCAGACAGAUACAAUAUUUACAAAUGUUUCCAAAGGACAAGUUGCAAAGAAUGAAGAUUUGAAAAAAGCUUUUGGAACUGAAAAUAAAACAGAAAUUUGUACAAAGAUAUUGUCUAAAGGUGAGUUACAAGUUUCAGAAAAAGAAAGAAAUCAACAGUUAGAGUCAUCAUUCAGAGAAAUUGCCACAGUAGUUGCAGACAAGUGUGUAAACCCAGAAACUAAAAGACCAUAUCCUGUUGGGGUGAUAGAACGUGCUAUGAAAGAUAUCCAUUACUCUGUUAUACCAACUAGAAGUACAAAACAACAGGCUUUAGAGGUCAUCAGACAGUUGAAGGAAACUAUGCCAAUUGAAAGAGCUCAAAUGAGAUUGAAACUUAUUCUUCCAAGUAAAGAUGCCAAGAGAAUCAAAGAAAAGUUGAAGCCAUUGUUGAGUACCAUUGAUUCUGAAGACUGGGAUAUGGAUCUUGAAAUAGUAUGUCUUGUUGAUCCUGGUAGCUAUCGAGAUAUUGAUGAGGUAAUACGUGUUGAAACAAAAGGACGAGGUUCUUUAGAAGUCUUAAAUCUAAAGGACAUUCAUGAUGCUGACGGCUAGAUGAUUCAGAACAAGAAAGAUGCAAAGCCACGGAACAUUGUUGCCAUUUGAGUCGAUGUUUCUCGUUGUUCACCUUGCUGAGCACUGGCAAAAAUAGGUCAUGAAACAAAAAACAGAAACACCGACGUUAAAUUUGAACGGGUAUCGUUUGAAUGCGACGUGCAAAAGUCUUGUUUGUUACUAUGAAAAGUAUGGUUCAUUUAAUAUUAAUUAGCAUAUCAAUAAAAAGAAAAACUUCUGUGCUU